AUGCCUUCUUCGCCGUCUCCGUGUGGUGUGGAGAAAAGAACCACCAUGAAGCCUGCUCAGCACCCCGGAGGGCAAGCCCUGGCUCUCCUCUCGGCCGAAUACCAGGGUGCUUCUUACACGCUCCAGUCCUCCUCUCUCCGGAAGCACCUUCCUCCUAGAGGCCGAGCAGAGAGGUCGAAGGAGGAGGAGGAAGCCAGAGCAGGUGGCCGUCGGGAUCCGGUGUCCUUCGAGGAGGUGGCCGUGUACUUCACCCGGGGGGAGUGGGCCCUGCUGAGCCCAGCCCAGAAAGCGCUCUACAAGGACGUCAUGCUGGAGAACUUUGGGAACGUGGCCGCUCUGGGACCAGUGAUGGCCAAACCUGACCUGAUCUCCUGGCUGGAAGAAGAAGAGCUGUUCUUCCCAUUCUCGGCUGAAGAGGAAAGAUUGGCAGACAUCGGUAUACAGAGAAUUCAAGGAGCGGCAAAAAAAUAUAAAUGCUUGGACUGUGGAGAAAGGUUCAGGUGGAGUGACAACCUUACUUCCCAUCAAAGGAUUCAUACAGAGGAGAAACCUGGCACCAGCUUUUGUCAGAGUGGAAGCCUCUAUUCCCAUCGGAGAAGUCACACAGGGGAUAAACCAUAUAAAUGUUUCAAAUGUGGGAAAAGCUUCAAGCAGAGUGGAAACCUCAUGUAUCAUCUGAGAAUUCACACAGGGGAGAAACCAUACAAGUCCCUGGGAUGCGGCAACAGCUUCAGUCGCAAAGAAAACCUUAUUUCCCAUCAUCGAGUUCACAUACGGGAGAAACCACAUAAAUGUCUGAAGUGUGGGAAACAUUUUACUAGAAAAGGAAGCCUUACUUACCAUGAAAAAAUCCAUACAGGGGAGAAACCAUAUAAAUGCCUGGAGUGUGGAAAGUGCUUUAGAAGCAAAGGAAGCCUUACUCACCAUGAAAGAAUUCAUACAGAUGAGAAACCAUAUGAAUGUUUAGAGUGUGGGAAAAGCUUUCAAUGGAAGAAUAUAUUAAUUAUCCAUCAAAGAAUUCACACAGGGGAGACCCCAUAUAAAUGCCUGGAGUGCGGAAAGUGCUUUAGUAGCAAAGGAGGUCUUACUUACCAUGAAAGAACUCAUACAGGGGAGAUCCCAUAUAAAUGCGUGGAGUGUGGAAAGUGCUUUAGUAGCAAAGGAGGUCUUACUUACCAUGAAAGAAUUCAUACAGGGGAGAAACCAUAUAAAUGUCUGGAGUGUGGAAAAAGCUUUCGACACAAGAAUAUGUUAACUUCUCAUCGACUAAUUCACACAGGGGAGAACCCAUAUAAAUGCUUGGAGUGUGGAAGAGGCUUCAAUCGCAACCGAAGACUUACUGAACAUCAAAGAAUUCAUACAGGGGAGAAACCAUAUAUAUGCCUGGAGUGUGGAAAAAGCUUUUCACGGAAGGGCGCUCUAACUUCCCAUCAAAGAAUUCACACAGGGGAGAAACCAUAUAAAUGUCUGGAGUGUGGGAAAAGCUUUCGAGAGAAGAAAAUAUUGACUUCUCAUCAAAGAAUUCACACAGGGGAGAACCCAUAUAAAUGCUUGGAGUGUGGAAAGGGCUUUAGUAGCAAAGGGGGCCUUACUUAUCAUGAAACAAUUCAUAAAGGGGAGAAACCAUAUCAAUGUCUGGAGUGUGGAAAAAGCUUUCGAAAGAAGACUAUUUUAUCUUUCCAUCAAGGAAUUCACACGGGGAAGAACCCACAUAAAUGCCUGGAGUGUGGAAAAGGCUUCAAUCAGAAGAGAAGCCUUACUUCCCAUCAACGAAUACACACUGGAGAGAAACCAUAUAAAUGCCUGGAGUGUGGAAAAAACUUUCGAGAGAAGUCAAAUUUAACUUCUCAUCAAAGAAUUCACACAGGGGAGUACCCAUAUAAAUGCUUGGAGUGUCUAAAGUGCUUUACUAGGAAAGGAGGCCUUACUUACCAUGAAAGAAUUCAUACAGGGGAGAAACCAUAUAAAUGUCAGGAGUGUGGGAGAAGCUUUCGACAGAAGAAUAUAUUAACUUUCCAUCAAAGAAUUCACACAGGGGAGAAGCCAUAUAAAUGCAUGGAGUGUGGGAAAGACUUCGGUCAGAAGAGAAGCCUUACUGCCCAUCAACGCAUUCACACAGGGGAAAAGCCAUAUAAAUGCCUGGAGUGUGGAAAAAACUUUCGAGAGAAGAAAACAUUAACCUUUCAUCAGAGAAUUCACACAGGGGAGAAACCAUAUAAAUGCCUGAAGUGUGGAAAGUGCUUUAGUAGCAAGAAAGGCUUUACUUACCAUGAAAUAAUUCAUACAGGGGAGAAACCAUAUAAAUGUCUGGAGUGUGGGAAAAGCUUUCGAAAGAAGAAUGUAUUAACUUCUCAUCAACAAAUUCACAAUGGGGAGAACCCAUAUAAAUGCUUGGAGUGUGGAAAAGGCUUCAAUCAUAAGAGAAGCCUUGUUGAACAUCAAAGAAUUCACACGGGAGAGAAACCAUAUAUAUGUAUGGAGUGUGGGAAAAGCUUUUCACGGAAGGAUACUCUAAGUUCCCAUCAAAGAAUUCACACAGGGGAGAAACCAUAUAAAUGCCUGGAGUGUGGAAAAAGCUUUCGAGAUAAGACAAAUUUAACUUCUCAUCAAAGAAUUCACACAGGUGAGAACCCAUAUAAAUGCCUGGAAUGUGGAAAGUGUUUUACUAGAAAAGGAAGCCUUACUUACCAUGAAAGAAUUCAUACAGGGGAGAAACCGUAUCAAUGUCUGGAGUGUGGAAAAAGCUUUCGAAAGAAUGUAUUAAAUUCACAUCAGCGAAUUCACACAGGUGAGAACCAAUGCUCCCUCUAA